UUUUCUGGAAGUAUUUUCAAUCUUCUAUUAAUGUCUAUCUCUAACUCAAACUUCAAUAGUUCCAGAUUUAUUCUCACUGGUUUUCCUGGCCUAGAAGUUCACUAUCCCUGGCUCUGUAUUCCUUUCUUCUCCAUCUAUUCUCUGGUGUUUUUGGGAAACUGCAUGGUGCUCCAUGUGAUCUGGACUGAGUCAAACCUCCACCAGCCUAUGUUCUAUUUUCUGGCCAUGCUGGCCCUCACUGACCUGUGCAUGGGGUUUUCUACUGUGCCCACGGUGCUGGGGAUCCUGUUGGGGUUCAUUCAAGAGAUCAUCCUGGAUUCCUGCAUUGCCCAGUCCUAUUUCAUACAUGGUCUGUCCUUCAUGGAGUCCUCUGUCCUCCUCGCUAUGGCUUUUGACCGCUACAUCGCCAUUUGCAACCCACUGCGCUAUUCUUCCAUCCUAACUAAUGACAAAAUCAUGAAGAUUGGGGUGGCAAUCUUAUGUAGGAGUUCUUUGCUAAUACCUCCAGUCAUCAUCCGUUUGAAAUUCUUGAAUUAUUGCCGUCCUCACAUCCUUUCUCACUCCUUCUGCCUGCACCAAGACUUAAUUAGAAUGGCCUGUUCGGACAUCCGCUUUAACAAUGUCUAUGGUCUCGCCCUUGUGAUCAGCAACCUGUUGUUAGAUGCAGUGCUCAUACUUAUCUCCUAUGUUAUGAUUUUGCAUACAGUCUUGGCCAUUGCAUCCUGGGAGGAGAGACUCAAGUCUUUGCAGACCUGUGUAUCUCACAUCUGUGCUGUUUUGGUUUUCUACAUCCCAAUCAUUGGUCUGACCAUGGUUCAUCGCUUUGGGAAACACCUCCCACCACUGGUUCACGUCCUCAUGGGCAAUACCUAUAUCCUUUUCCCACCCAUGAUGAACCCUAUUAUUUAUAGUAUCAAGACCCAACAGAUACGAAGAAGAGUCCAGAGAUUGUUCUCCUUGAAAAGAGCCUAA